AUGGCAGCUCGCCUCAGUUUCCGCGGCCCCUCGUCUUCCGCCAAAGGUGGCUGGCUUCUGGCAGGACUCGAAGACGGAGCUCCAACUUCCACUGCGGCGCUGGCUGUGGAGCAGUUCAAACUGGCUGACAUCGGCGAGGGCAUCGCCGAGGUUCAGCUGACCGAGUGGUUCGUUAAGGAGGGCGACAUGGUCAAGGAAAUGGACAACGUUUGCAGUGUCGAGAGCGACAAGGCGUCCGUGGAACUCACCAGCCCCUACACAGGGAAGGUCACCAAGAUCCACCACAAGGUGCAGGACACGGUGAAAGUGGGCUCUGUGCUCAUCGACGUGGAGACAGGCGGCUCCUCGGCCGCCCCAGCCGCAGCGCCGGCCACUCCGGCCACGCCUGCGCCUGCAGCUACGCCGGCGGCGGCCCCUGCCGCUGCAGGGGGUGCCCAGGUGCAGGCCUUCAAGCUGGCAGACAUCGGCGAGGGCAUCGCCGAGGUCCAGCUCACGGAGUGGUUCGUCAAAGAAGGUGACGUGGUCAAGGAGAUGGACAACCUCUGUUCCGUUGAGAGCGACAAGGCUUCGGUCGAGCUCUCCAGCCCCUUCAGUGGCAAAGUGGUGAAGAUCCACCACAAGGUUCAAGACACGGUGAAGGUCGGAAGCACCUUGGUGGACAUCGAGACGGCUUCCUCUGCCGCUGCCCCAUCGACACCGGCGCCGGCUGCACCAACGCCAGCAGCCACCCCUGCGGCCAGCCCUGCGCCGGCCCAGCCAGCGGCCACCGCGGCGCCGAAAGCUGCGCCGGCUGGCAAGGCUGCUCCGGGCGUUCUAGCGACCCCAAAGGUGCGUAGCCUUGCGAAGAAGCUGGGCAUCGACUUGAACACCGUCAAGGGCACAGGGGCGAAUGGCCGCGUGCUCGAGGAGGAUCUGAGUGGUGCCGGUGCGCCGGCCACAGCAAGUGGUGCCCCCACGGCGGCGGCGGUGUUCGUGCCCGCCGCGCGCGUCCUGGAGGAUCAAGUGAUUCAGAUCACUGACAACGUCGGCAAGGGCAUGGUCAAGUCCAUGCAAGCGUCUCUCGUCGUGCCCUACAUGGCUUUGGGGGAGGAGAUUGACAUGACCGACAUGCUGGCCUUGCAAAAGCAAUUGAAGGACUAUGCGCUGAAGAAGUACGGGACCAAGGUCACGGUGACCUCCUUCAUGUUGAAGGCCAUCUCUUUGGCCCUCUACGACAACCCGAAGAUGAAUUCCAAGUUCGGGCCCUCGGAGGCGAAUCCCCCCAGCUACACCGUCUACGGCUCUCACAACAUCUCGGUUGCGGUGGACACACCUCAUGGACUCAUGGUCCCCAACAUCAAGGACGUGGGCGGCAAGAACGUGAUCGAGAUCCAGCAGGAGCUGAUGCGUCUGGCUGCAGCGGCGCAGGCAGGCAAGCUGGCCCUCAACGACAUCCAGGGUGGCACCAUCACACUUUCCAACAUCGGCGUGAUCGGCACCAAGGACCCAAGGCCGAUCCUCUUCGACGGCCAGGCCGUGAUCGGCGCCACGGGCCGCACCAUGGCGCUGCCCCGCUACAACGCCAAGAUGGAGUUGGUGCCCCGACAAGUCAUGAACAUCCGCUGGGUCGGAGACCAUCGUCACUUGGACGGCGCCGCACUUGCACGCUUCUCCAACUCCUUCAAGCAGUACAUGGAGAAUCCUGGGGAGUGGUGCCUGACGAUGAGAUGA